AUGAUGUUUACAGGAUGGAUUAAUGGCGUGGAUGAAAAGGCCAAAGUAAGGUUGCUACAAGAAACAGGCACAUCUCCAUUACAGCCAAGUGGAUACGAAUUCACUGUCCAGGGUGAUGCAGGACACCAUGAUUGGCAGACCCCUUCAGACCUUGAACCUGAUGCCUCGUACGCGUUGCAGUUUAUUUAUCAAGGCAGUGAUGAUGAUGAUGAUGAGCCUGCUUUUUCGUAUUCGGGUCGUUUCAGUAUUACAGGUGGCAAUGCAACACACCGACGUUCUGCAACAUCUUCUUCUUCAACCAAAGUAUCCACAGCAGUGAUUCCUGGGGCAACAACAUCAUCAACUUCCUCUUCUUCAUCCGAUGAAAAGAAAUCAAAUGAGCACUCGGAUUCAGCUAAGCAUCAGCAACAACAGCAAGAUCAUGUGACGGGAGCUGGCACAUCCUUAAACCCUGUCGCUUUGACCAUCCUAGCAGUAUCAUCGCUUUUCUCGACAAUGGCAGUAUCAUGGAGCAUUUGA